AUGCAGCCCGGAACGUGCUGUUCGAGAUUCUGUUCGCUGAUAGUCCCGCUACUGCUGCUGGCCUCUUUGAUCGAUGAUACUUCCGGUACUUGGAAGAGGCGGGAGGACAAGACCAAGUGCCCGAAAGUAAAGGGCAUACGAAAUUUUGACAUAUCCGAGUUCCUUGGGUCGUGGUAUAUAGUACAGUACUAUGCAAGUUCAGAAGAAGCACUCGCUUACAGAUGUAUGCGAGCUGAAUUAUCACUUUCGCCCGACAGUACGGAGGUUACCAUGAAUUUCACUUACAGUUUCACCGAUGAUCCCAUCAACGAACAACUAGUUGGUAAUAUCACAUGGAAGAUACCAUCACCAGAAUUACCAGCUCAUUGGGUUCAUGCUGAGUAUUCUUAUGAAGGAGUGUACAACACAUAUGUGUUAGAUUCAGAUUAUAAAUCAUGGGCAUUGCUUAUGCACUGUGCUGAACAAAGCAAUAGUCCUCGAUAUCUAUCAAGUUUUAUCAUGAGUCGAGAACCAAGUCUCGGCGUUAACGUUAUUUCGUAUCUUCGCGAGAAAUUGCCCAGGUACGACAUCGAUCUGGAAUACAUGUUCCCCAUGGACCAGAACCAAUGCAAUCAAACAGACACUUCAGAAAUGGAUAUGCUGAUACCACCAUCGGUGAUGCUUCGUAAAAAUAAUGCUGCAAGAAAACAUCCGUUAAAGAGAAAGCAUCGACGCGUUUGAUUUGCGACGUAUCAAUGUUCAAUUGUUGGCACAAUAAUAUUAUACUAGUCUAUUGAAAUAUGAAA